GCGCCGCUCAGUCCGUGCCUGGAGCGCCGCACGGUAGCGGCACACGAGGAGCCGCUGUUCGGCGCAGCAUGGAGGAGGCAGCGGCGGCGGGUGAGGGCAAGGCGGGCCACGGCCGGAACGGCCAUGCCGAGGGCCCGGCGGCGGAGGAGCGGCGGGGCGGCGCGGCCCGGCUGCGGGGAUGCCGCGGGUUCCUGCGGCGGAACGCGCUGGUGCUGCUGACGGUGUCGGGGGUGGUGGCCGGCGUGGCGCUGGGGGCCGCCGUGCGCGGCGCGGCGCUGGGCCCGGCACAGGUCUCCUACCUGGCCUUCCCCGGGGAGCUGCUGCUGCGGAUGCUGCGCAUGGUGAUCCUGCCGCUCGUGGUCUGCAGCCUGGUGUCGGGCGCCGCCAGCCUGGACACCCGCUCGCUCGGCCGCCUGGGUGGCAUCGCGCUCGCCUAUUUCCUGGGCACCACGCUGCUCGCCUCCGGCCUCGCCGUCGCCCUCGGCUUCAUCAUUCGCCCCGGCGCCGGUGCCUCCGCGCUCAACACCCAGCUGGGGCUGCCGGGCGCGCUACCCAAGAGCAAGGAGACGGUGGACUCCUUCCUCGACCUCAUCAGAAACCUGUUCCCUGCAAAUCUUGUUGCUGCAGCUUUUGAAACGUAUGCGACAGACUAUCAGAUACUGCUCAGGAACACAACCUCUGGAAAUGUCACAUGGGAAAAGGUCCCUGUUGGUACUGAUAUCAGAGGGAUGAACAUCCUGGGACUGGUGCUGUUUGCUCUGGUUUUAGGAGUGGCACUUAAAAAGCUUGGCCCGGAGGGGGAAGAUCUGAUUCGCUUCUUUAACUCAUUUAAUGAGGCAACAAUGGUCUUGGUUACCUGGAUUAUGUGGUAUGUACCUAUUGGCAUUAUGUUCCUUGUUGGGAGCAAGAUUGUGGAAAUGGAAGAUAUUGUGCUUCUGGUGACCAGUCUGGGAAAAUACAUCUUUGCCUCUAUCCUGGGCCACGUCAUCCACGGAGGAAUCAUUCUGCCGCUUAUUUAUUUUGCAGCCACACGGCAAAAUCCGUAUCGUUUUCUCUUAGGACUUAUCACACCACUUGCUACUGCCUUUGCCACUUGCUCCAGCUCAGCCACGCUCCCAUCCAUGAUCAAGUGUAUCGAGGAGAACAACGGAGUUGACAAGAGGAUCAGCAGGUUUAUCCUUCCCAUUGGGGCCACUGUAAACAUGGAUGGAGCUGCUAUUUUCCAGUGCAUGGCAGCUGUGUUUAUUGCUCAGCUGAAUAAUGUCGACCUCAACCCUGGGCAGAUCUUCACAAUUCUCGUGACAGCCACGGCGUCCAGCGUGGGAGCAGCCGGGGUCCCUGCCGGAGGCGUCCUCACCAUCGCCAUCAUCCUGGAGGCCAUCGGGCUGCCCACCAACGACCUGUCCCUCAUACUGGCCGUGGACUGGAUCGUGGACCGAACCACCACAGUUGUGAAUGUGGAAGGGGAUGCCCUGGGAGCAGGCAUCCUUAAUUACCUGAAUGAAAAAGACAAGAAAGAGAGAGAGCAGGAGCUCAAGGAAGUCACUGUAGAAGCAGUUGCUAACAGCAAGUCUGAAGCAGAAACGUCACCUUUGGUAACCCACAAAAACCCAGUCUCCAACACAAGCAGCACAGCAGACCCUGAGUCCAAGGAAUCAGUACUGUGAACUCGAGGCCGCUCGUCAACACCAGUCCUAGAGGUGGCUCAGGGACUUGUCAACGCACCCAGACGUUUGCAGUGCGACCGGGGGCUGGAUGGCUCUUG